UCCCAUCUUCAACCUCACAUACAAAAUGGCCUUCAAAGACAAAUCCUCCUACAUUGCGCUCGGCUGCGAAGGCUCUGCCAACAAGCUCGGCAUAGGUGUCAUUCUCCACACUCCCACCGAGACAAAAAUCCUCUCCAACCUCCGCGACACCUUCGUCUCCCCUCCAGGAACAGGCUUCCUCCCCAAAGACACAGCAGCCCACCACCGCGCCCACUUUGUCCGUCUCGCACGCGAAGCCCUCGCCGAAGCGAAAAUCACUCCCAAAGAUGUCGAUUGUAUCUGCUACACGAAGGGCCCGGGUAUGGGCGCCCCGCUGAACUCUGUUGCUGUUGCGGCUAGAGCAUUGAGUUUACUCUGGGAUAGACCCCUUGUUGGCGUGAAUCAUUGCGUGGGACAUAUCGAGAUGGGGAGAUAUAUCACUGGUGCUGAUAACCCGGUUGUGUUAUACGUUUCGGGUGGUAAUUCGCAGGUAAUUGCGUAUGCCGAGCAGCGAUACAGGAUAUUUGGCGAAACACUUGAUAUAGCAGUUGGAAACUGUCUCGAUCGGUUCGCUCGCACAUUAGAAAUCAGCAACGAUCCCGCGCCGGGAUAUAACAUCGAACAACUCGCCAAGAAGGGGAGCAAGCUCCUCGAUAUCCCCUACGCAGUCAAGGGCAUGGACUGUUCGUUCUCUGGAAUUCUAGCUUCGGCGGAUGCACUCGCUGCACAGAUGAAGGCCGGCGCGGAUUUCACACCAGAAGAUUUAUGUUUCUCACUACAAGAGACAGUAUUCGCGAUGUUGGUGGAGAUCACAGAGCGGGCUAUGGCUCACGUCGGGUCGUCGCAGGUCCUCAUUGUGGGAGGUGUAGGAUGUAAUGAGAGGUUGCAGGAGAUGAUGGGACAUAUGGCAAGGGAGCGAGGAGGAUCGGUUUAUGCUACCGACGAGAGAUUCUGCAUCGAUAACGGAAUCAUGAUUGCGCACGCUGGUUUGUUGGCUUAUGAGACAGGGUUUAGGACGUCUUUGGAGGAGAGUACAUGUACACAGAGAUUCAGAACUGAUGAGGUCUUUAUCAAAUGGAGAGACUGAACCUCUCCGCCAAUAAUAAAAAUGAACAAGAUCACAAGAAGUUGUA